GUAUGAUAUCAGUUACCCAUGGUAGACCCACGAUGAUAUCCAGUCAUCUUGCUUCGGCUGUUCCUCUCCAGGAACAAUCAAAGCACUUACCAUUUUUCGCAAAUUCCCUUGAACUAUACGAGAUAAUCAAUCAGAUUAUCUUAAAGCUUUAUUCCACGGAUUCAGCAGCCAAGGAUAAAACCCCCGCUUUACAAAAUUCGUAUAUUAUGACAGAUAAUCUCAUAACCGCUCUAAAACUUGAUAGUUCCCUCAACAGGAUUGAAAAGAAUUUCCCAUCUUCAGUUAACCUUGAAGAUCCCAUAGCACAUAGACAAGCCGUCAUAAUACGUAUUAGACUCUUACAUGCCCGCAUACUCCUUCUCCGACCAAUACUUGCAGAAUUCUGCUUGUCUCAAGACAAUAGGGAGAAGUCAUCUACUGAGGAGACCCUUUCCGAUCGAAUGAUAGAGCAAUGCGCCUUGGAAUGUGUUGCUGCAGCUCAGAAGUUGAUUUUAGUUACUAGCGAGCACCAGAGAGAUGAUGACAGUAUUGGAUUGCUCCCUGCAUGGUGGUACCGAAUCUUCUACGUCUAUACUGCCGCUACCGUCCUCCUAGCAGCAAGACUUCGUCGUGAAAGGUUCACAUGUUCUAGCAUAUCGGAACCUUGGAAUCGGGCUAUCUCAAUCCUCCAAUCGCACGAAAGAUUUGGCGUAUCUGCGCGCCGUUGUGUGGCCGCUUUACAAAUUUUAUCGUCCAAGGUAUUUCACGGACCGAGCGACACGACCGUCACUACCGGAGACCACGUCGAUAAUCAGACAUUUUCUCCCGACGAAGCUUUCAACAUAAACCCCCAGAUAUCAUUGGAUGGUAUAGGCUUCGACGCCGACAGCUUUGGAUUUGAUAUCGACAAUUAUCAAUGGCUCAACAGCAUGCCAGGCGGGAUUAUGUAUUAA